CACAUUGCCAUAGCCACCGCCUCAUCGUGCUGCCAUCCUCACCCUCCUCACCUCCACUCCUCCGCUCCUCCACUCCUCCCUCACACCUAACCGAGUCUCGUCGCCGACUCGCGCCCCCCGCUGAUUUCUCUUCCUGAGUAGCUACUCGACGCCGCACGCCGCACGCCGCUGCAGCCUCGUACUUCGCCGUCGCAUUUCACGCGCCCACCAACACCACAUACGCACAUCUGUGCAUCAUGUCUGGCGAGGAAGAUCUCAUCGACUACUCCGACGAGGAGCUGCAGCCCACCGAUGGCGCUGCUGGUGCUACUGGCGCAGCUGCUGCCUCAAACGGCGAGGCCAAGAAAGGCGAUCUGACCGUCUCUGGAGCUGGCGCCGACAAGGGCAAGGGCAGUUACGUCGGUAUUCACUCGACCAGUUUCCGCGACUUCCUCCUGAAGCCCGAGCUUCUCAAGGCCAUCACAGAUUGCGGUUUCGAACAUCCAUCAGAGGGUUAGUCAUCUCCAUACACGUGCUUAGAGCGACCAGCCAUCACCGCCAUUCUCGAGCGAGGAGCGUCCGUCCAUCUAGUCCAUCAGAGCGAGAGCAGACCAGACAAGCAUAAUAGGAUGGGGGGCUCCAGGAACAUGUGUCCGCACAAUUACUGUCGAGUUCAUGUCAAGCUUGGCAAGACCACGUGUUGGCAGAGGCAGAAUGAUGGGGCAUUGCGACGCCGUCGCGCAGUCAGACGCCAUUGAAGUCCUUUUGAUGGAGAAGAGAAUGUUUGGCGCACAUGUCUUUCUUCAUAGGCACUGAAGGCUUUGAUGUGUGGGCUGGAGCACCGCGAUGCGUAUGGCUUUGGCCAGCCUGCGCUUUUCGCGCUGUAACGUGGUUGCGAUCGAACGCUGUGAUGGAUGGACGCUCUGCUCUACUCUGCUCACGGAUGCAUUGGCGCGAAAACUCGAUUGGGCGAACCCUUCUAACAUCACUCUGCAGUCCAGCAGGUGUGCAUUCCGCAAGCUAUUCUUGGAACCGAUGUGCUCUGCCAGGCUAAGUCCGGUCUCGGAAAAACAGCCGUUUUUGUGCUGUCCACUCUUCAGCAGAUUGAGCCAGUCAAUGGCGAAGUCAGCGUUCUGGUCAUGUGCCACACGCGUGAGCUCGCGUUCCAGAUCAAGAAUGAAUACCAGAGGUUUAGCAAGUACAUGCCGGAAGUCAAGACCGAGGUCUUUUACGGUGGCACUGACAUCAAGGAGAAUGAGAAGCUGCUCAGCAACAAGGCGACACACCCACACAUCAUUGUCGCGACUCCGGGUCGCCUGAACGCUCUCGUGCGUGAGAAGAAGCUUCGACUGGGAAGUGUCUCCCGAUUCGUGCUCGACGAGUGUGACAAGAUGCUUGAUCAGAUUGAUAUGCGUCGCGAUGUGCAGGAGAUCUUCCGAGCCACGCCACCUCAGAAGCAGGUCAUGAUGUUUUCGGCCACACUGUCCAACCAGACUAAGCCUGUGUGCAAGAAGUUCAUGCAGAACCCACUCGAAAUCUAUGUCGACGACGAGGCGAAACUUACUCUGCACGGACUGCAGCAGUAUUACGUCAAGCUCACUGAGGAAGAGAAGAAUCGCCGCCUCAACGAUCUGCUCGACAAACUGCGCUACAACCAGGUCAUCAUUUUCGUCAAGAACACGCUCCGUGCCAGUGAACUCGAUCGCCUCUUGCGCGAGUGCAACUUCCCAUCCAUUACUGUGCACUCCAACAUGCCCCAGGAAGAACGUAUCAAGAGAUACACCGCCUUCAAGAACUUCGACAAGCGUAUCUGUGUGAGCACUGACGUCUUUGGUCGUGGUAUCGAUAUCGAACGUAUCAACCUGGCCAUCAAUUACGACAUGCCGGACUCCACCUCCAACAAGGAGGCUGAGCGACAAAAGACUGUGGGUGCCGACAAGGGAUCCGCGGAGUUCAAGGAAUCUGUUGCGCAAGCAGCGGAUACCUACCUGCAUCGCGUGGGCCGUGCUGGUCGUUUCGGAACCAAGGGUAUUGCAAUCAGUUUUGUGAGCUCUGAUCGCGACAUGGAGGUGCUGAAGGCCAUCGAGGCUCGUUUCGAGAAGAAGGUCGACGAGUAUCCAGAGGAGGGCGUUCAGCUUCAAGAUGGCGAAUAAAUUCAGGAGUCAAAUCGUCAACAGAAGACGAGGAUGAUCUCGAGUCUGGAUGAAAAGUAGCAUCGGUACGAGAAUUUCCUUAGAGCGCGAGAUGGUGUACUAUUACAAAACGAGGUCUCAAAUCACAGUCACGCACCGACCACCUGACCACCAUCGUGAUUGGAUCAGUAUAGUACAAACCGCCUGACCUUCCACAAACAUGCCGCAUCGGCAUGACCCAGGCGGAGAGCAUUAGACCAAGCGCGAAGCCCAACCCACUGUGCUUUCACGAACGUUCGACCUCUCAUCACCUUAGAUUAAUUGACAAAUAUGGGACACUUCGCAUUCCUCACGGGAGUUGUUGCAUUGGCUUGCGGACACUUGGCUCGAAGCGCUAUCGUUUCGAAUGGAAGCCUCUCAGCGAUAGCAGAAGCCAUUGAGGAGCGCACGUUCUUGGAGCCAAUCGCUGCGUCAUUCUUCGCGGACCACAGCAGCACUCAAGUCAGGAUUAGUAAACGAAGUCUGACAAUACGAGACUCAGCAACCAACCUCACCGGGAACGUGGCUCUGCAGAGUGCAGGCAGUAUGUACUAUGCUGCUAGGGACUUCCGACGAGGCUUCGGCCAGCAAUAUGCCAGGUUUGAUGUGAAAGGAGACGGCAAGAAGAAAGUCCUGCAAACGGAAGAAUUUAGAGACGUGAUUGGAGAAGUUGUAUGCCACGAUGGCAAGAUUGGCCUCAGCUUUACGCAGGACAUUGACUUCCAACAAAUCAAGCACGAAUGGCAGUGGACUAACGAGGAUGACGGUCAUGCUGUUAUUCUUGUUACAGAAACCUAUGACUGUGAUCGUAACAGAACGGACGGUACGACACGGCAACCCUGGCUCGUGAGUGAAAUCGCUUUUGACGAUGGACAAUAUCAUGUCGAGCUCUUGGCAGAAGCAGUGAGCUUCCAGGAAGCAUUCGGCCUGGCCUGGCAUGUAAGCAUCGCACGCGACACAGUGUCCAUACCACACAUCACUCGCGAUACACAUCCCGGUCAGAUCUCACUCAAUUCGAACUUUUCUGGCAUGAACAUGAACCUGCCACCAUCUUUAGCCUUGAACCCGAUCUCAGCAAACGCCAAGCCAAUUGGCAUGGUCUCGUGCGAUCCUUGCUAUACGGCAGGUGAGUUUGAUUUCCGGAUCGACAUUGAUGGACUCAGCGGGGGAAAACUCCGUGUCACGACUCGUGACAUUGAAGCAAGUAUUACACUACGACUGGAUAUAUAUCAAGCUCUUGCGGCAAAGACGUCGAAUGACCACGAAAUAUGGGGUUUCGUGCCACCUGGCGCAGGUAUCUACAUCAAGAACAUCCUCGACAUUGGGCCAACUUUCAAGUUCCUUGUGUCCACGAGCUUCACUACACCAGUCGAUGGAGAGCUUGCGUUGGCUCUUGGUUACAAGUUCACAAUGGCAGGACUGAUGGACUUUGUCUGGGACACGGACAACCCGACAGGGAAGCUGACUGGAUUCAAUCCCGAAUUCGAGACGCUGGCCCCUGGAAUAUCAAAGGAUGUCGAGCUUGUGGCUCGCAUUGGACCCAAACUCGAGCUGAGCCUUGACUGGCUUGUUUUGGAUCAGGGUGGCAAAGUGGGCCUCACCUUUGCCGCCGGGACAUUGUCAAUGAACGCGUCCACCGACAACAGAACAGUCCCCUGUGAUGGCAAAGGGACUAAUGCCAUCCCCUUGACGCAAGCACAGGAUUCCGACAAUGACACGCUGCGAGGCGUCAACUUGGAUCUGAACCUCGAUCAAGAGAUUCUCGCCUUUCAAUCCUUACACCUCCC